AUGGAAAUUGAAAUCUUAUGCACAAAGCUCAUUAAGCCAUUUUUACCUACUCCUCCUCACCUUCAGCAUUACAACCUCUCUUUCUUCGACCAAAUAUCUGAGAAAGAACACGUCCCGAUUGUUCUUUUCUAUGCUAAUAAUAAUUUCAUCAAUAGCUCCACUAUCGAUGAGCGAAUUGAACAAUCUAUUUCAAAGAUAUUAACUCAUGUUUAUCCAGCAGCAGGAAGGUACAAUAAAGAUGAAUGUUCGAUUCUUUGUCUUGAUCAAGGUGUUUCCUACACUAAGGCCAAGGUCAAUUGUAAGCUUGAUAAUUUCCUAGAGAAAACACGCAAGGACCUUAGUCUUGCAUCUUUAUUUUGGCCACAUGUAAACAAAAAUAUUGAUAAAACUAAUUUAAUGGUUUCACCAAUUGUAACGGCACAAGUAACCGUGUUUGAAUGUGGUGGCCUAGCAGUCUCAUUAAGUGGUUCACACCCUGCAAUGGAUGGUUUCUCAACCUUUAAAUUUCUUUUUGAGUGGGCAAAAGUGUGUAGAUUUGAAACUCCUGUUGAGAAGAUUAAUUUUUUAAGCUUUAAUUUGGGUAAUAUUUUCCCGACAAGAGAGAUAUCAGGACUUUUUAAGUCAACCUAUAUUCCAAGUAUACACCAAGAUAUUAUUGUUAAGAAAUUCGUUGUUCGUGAGGCUGCUAUGUCAAGGCUUAGAAAAAAAUGCAUUGAUGAAGCAUGUGGAGCUUUGACUUUUCAACCGUCAAGGGUUGAAAUUAUUACAUCACUCCUUUGGAGGGCUUUCAUCGGUUCUUCAGCAAUCAUAAAUGGGUAUGUCAGGCCUUCUCUAAUGGACUUUCCAUUGAAUUUGCGUUCUAAAUCAUCUUUACCUCAAGUGAACAACUCUAUGGGGAAUUUUAGAAUCGAUAUUCCAAUAAAAUUCAUACCAGGGGAGACUAAAAUGGAAUUGCAUCACUUCAUAAUAUUAAUCAGGGAUACUGUGAAUAAAGUCGUUGCUUCAUGUACCAAAGCUUCACCAGAUGAAAUAGUGUCAACAUUAGUUAAUAUAUAUAAUGAAAGCUUUGAAGCACCAGAGUGGGGAGGUAAUGAUGAAGUUGACAAAGUUUUAUGUUCAAGCUUGUGCAAGUUCCCUUUGCAAGAUAUUGAUUUUGGUUUGGGAAAACCAACCUUACUUUUUCUUGGUGUGAAAGAUAUGCAAAUGUUUUGGUUGCAUGAUACGGAUAUUCAUUCUGAAGUUGGUGUGCAAAUGGACUUGAAGGAAAGCUAUAUGCAGUUAUUUAAGUGUGACGAUGACAUCAAAGCCCUCACGUUUAUACGCAAUGCAAAUCUUUGA